GGGAGGAGGAAUUGAAUAUCAUCUAUGACUGUACGGAAGCCCGCUAAAACUUCAUUCUCCCCGCCCCAAAAUUGUAGCGACGCACUCCAGAAUCUGCACGAUUAUCGAAGAUUUUUGGGUGAAAACGGGGGAUUGAAGUUGAAAGGCGCAGUUCCGGCAUAGUUGAACUAAUAAGCAGGCAGAGAUGGGGAAAGACGAGGACGAGAUGCGGGGUGAAAUCGAGGAGCGGCUGAUAAACGAGGAGUACAAGAUAUGGAAGAAGAACACCCCAUUUCUCUACGAUUUGGUCAUCACCCACGCCCUCGAGUGGCCUUCCCUCACCGUCGAGUGGCUGCCCGACCGGGAGGAGCCGCCCGGGAAGGAUUAUUCUGUCCAGAAGGUUAUUCUCGGCACCCACACCUCCGAGAAUGAGCCCAAUUACUUGAUGCUUGCGCAGGUGCAGCUACCGCUCGAUGAUUCCGAGACCGAUAAUCGCCACUACGACGACGAACGCUCUGAAUUCGGCGGCUUUGGGUGCGCCAACGGAAAGGUGCAAAUUAUUCAGCAAAUAAAUCAUGAUGGGGAAGUGAACCGGGCUCGAUACAUGCCCCAAAAUCAAUUUAUUAUUGCCACCAAGACCGUCAGUGCUGAAGUCUAUGUUUUCGAUUACAGCAAGCAUCCAUCUAAGCCUCCAUUGGAUGGUGCUUGUAACCCUGAUUUGAGGCUAAGGGGGCACAGUACCGAAGGGUAUGGUUUAUCCUGGAGUCAUUUCAAGCAAGGUCAUUUGUUGAGUGGAUCAGAUGAUGCGCAAAUAUGUUUGUGGGACAUCAAUGCAGCUCCUAAAAACAAAUCUCUCGAUGCAAUGCAAAUAUUUAAGAUUCAUGAAGGAGUCGUUGAAGAUGUAGCAUGGCAUCUCCGACAUGAGUAUUUGUUUGGUUCUGUUGGUGAUGAUCAGUAUCUGCAUAUAUGGGAUCUUCGUACCCCAGCAGUUAGCAAGCCCAUUCAAUCUGUAGUCGCUCACCAGAGUGAGGUAAACUGUUUGGCUUUCAAUCCAUUCAAUGAAUGGGUUUUAGCAACUGGAUCUACUGACAAGACUGUGAAAUUGUUUGAUAUGCGAAAGAUUUCUACUGCCCUCCACAAAUUUGAUAGUCAUAAAGAGGAGGUGUUCCAGGUCGGAUGGAAUCCAAAGAAUGAGACUGUUUUGGCUUCUUGUUGUCUUGGUCGGAGGCUGAUGGUCUGGGAUCUUAGCAGGAUUGAUGAAGAACAGACACCAGAAGAUGCUGAGGAUGGACCUCCAGAGCUUCUGUUUAUUCAUGGUGGUCACACUAGUAAAAUUUCGGACUUCUCAUGGAACCCUUGCGAAGAUUGGGUCAUUUCCAGCGUUGCAGAGGAUAAUAUCCUACAGAUAUGGCAAAUGGCGGAGAACAUCUACCAUGAUGAAGAUGACCUGCCCGGAGGUGACUCCACUAAAGGUUCUUAGCUUGAAAAGGAGCCCUAGUAUGAUCAGGUGCAUUACCUAAUCUCAUUUGGUUUUCUUUCUGUGCGUUUUGGUUUGUCAACAGAGUUAUUUAUUUUAUUGUAUUGUGUAUUACUUCGUAUUCGUGGAUUUUUCGACAUGGGGUCUUAUGAAUCAAGUUUACUGAUGAGAUGGGGUGUGGAACCAUGGCUAUUAGUCCACAGUAUACACCUGUUGAUGAUAUAGGCUUGUGAUUAGAUGAAAUGGAAAUGGUCAUGCUAUGAUAUAUGCACAAUAGGUGUUUUUUAUGCUUGUGAUGUGAUCAGGUUGAUGUUAAUGAAGUGUAUUACUGAUCAAUUAUCUUUAAAAGGAUUUAGGUAUCUUGAUGAGCUUGCUA